AUGGCUACAGGGCGGCACCGCAAGGAGAACAGGAUAAUUGGCCAUGUGCAUCCGACUUGGGUUGACAGUACCGCGAACAGCAGUCGGAACAACGGACAGUACCUACACAGACGCAAGGUCACCAACAGCAUACGUAUCAGAACCGGCGACCGGUUGAGUGGUACACCCCCCACCGGAAAGUAA